AUGGUGUUAGUAGAAAUCUCAGACAAAGACCAGUUUUCGGAACUCACGUCGGUCAAGGACAAGCUCAUUGCGCUGUACUUCCACACCCCAUGGGCGUCCCCCUGCAUCCAGAUGAACAAGGUGAUCAGCACGCUAGCAGACUCCGACCAGUACAAAUCCACCACCUUUCUCGCCAUCAACGCCGAUAGCUUUCCGGAGAUCUCUGACUUGUUUGACAUCACGGCGGUGCCUUACUUUGUGCUCAUCAAAAACGGAACGAUUUUGAAGGAGCUCACCGGAGCAGACCCCAAGGAGUUUGUCAGCGCCUUGGACACCUUCGGGGACAGCUCCCAGGCUGCCACCGCCAGCAGCAACGCAGACCCUACGGCAACUGUCUCCACGGCAACCCCGGCGCCAGCUCCAACGAUCCAGCAGGAAGAAACGCCAGAGCAGUUGAAUGCAAGAUUGGAGAAAUUGACCACCGCAGCCCCAAUAAUGCUGUUCAUGAAGGGCACUCCCUCCGCCCCACAGUGUGGGUUCUCCAGACAGAUGGUCGCCAUCCUUAGGGAGCACCAGGUGCGAUUCGGCUUCUUUGACAUCCUCAAGGACGACUCUGUUAGACAGGGCUUGAAGGCCUUCAGCGACUGGCCAACCUUCCCACAGUUAUACAUCGGCGGCGUGUUCCAAGGCGGGUUGGACAUCAUCAAGGAGAACUUGAGCGACGAUGACCUCUUUUUCGAACACGCCCUCGAGGAAGCAAACAGCUCAAAGUAA